AUGGAAACGCCCAUGUCUACUCAGGAGCAGCAGCUCUGCCAGCUAUUGGCAGAGCUGCCCGCUCGGUUUGGCUACCGCUACACCGCCGAGGCAGCACACGAGCUUCUACGAAGCUUAUUCUGGUCCUUGGCCGGUGGCAAACACGACUACAUGCGACUCCUGUUUCCAGACGGGAAACCCUCCGCAAACCUGAAGCUCAGUGAUGCCCAGGGCGCGGUUGAAGGCUCCGAAUACACAGAAGCAGCUCGAGGCAAGCGCUGUGGACACAUCUUCAAGCCUGGUGAGGCAUCUUACAUGUGUCGAACAUGCGGAACCGAUGAAACAUGUUGCCUCUGCAGCCGAUGUUUCGACUCGACGGAUCACACUGGCCACAUGGUUCGAAUACAGAUCUCGGUGGGUAAUAGCGGAUGCUGCGACUGUGGCGAUGACGAAGCUUGGAAGACGCCCUUGUUUUGCACCAUACACUCGGACAUGCAGAAGGGCCCGGAGAAGGGAAAAGGCAGAGAGGCAGCUGCGCUUCCAGAUGAUCUUGGGAAAAGCAUCCGUAUGACGAUCGGGCGGGUCUUUGACUACAUCUGUGAUGUCAUCUCAUGCUCUCCAGAGCAACUGAAGCAGCCCAAGACACACGAGUCAAUCGUGAGGGACGAGGAACUAUCACGCCUCUCGUCAAAAUAUUACGGUUCCGAGGCUGAGCCUUGUAACGAUUUCGCCCUCAUCCUAUGGAAUGACGAGAAGCAUACGGUUCAGGACGUCCAGGAUCAGGUUGCCAGGGCCUGCAGGAAGUCUCGUCGUCAGGCUGCCCGAGAUGCGUGGGAGACGGAUGCUAUUGGGCGGAGCAUCCUGACAUAUCUGCCUAACAUCGAGCAACUGCUGCAAAUGGCCAAAAUAAUGGAGGCCAUCAGAGUUACCGUCACCAUUCGAUCGGCCAGGGAUACCUUCCGCGAGCAAAUGUGCGGCACUCUUGUUGAGUGGCUAAGCGAUGUCUCCGGGUGCUCAGUUGGGCACGAUAAUCACAUCCUCAGGAGGACGGUUUGUGACGAGGUCAUGAAACCUUGGCGCCGAGGGAGUCUUGCUACCCAUACUUCAGGCUUGAUUGACGACGAGGAUGAAGACGACCAGAACCUGGCGUCUCGAACUAGGAUACCUGGUGUCAACUUUCGCUUUAUCAUGGCUCUGCAGGCUGCAGGUGGUAAUGGUGCUGAACUGGAAAUUGGCCUGGAUAGGCAAGAUAAUGAGAACGAGGAGGCUGAAGAUGACGACGAUGAUAUGGGCGAUAAUGACGACGACAACCAGUCACCGACGAGCUCAGUAGCCGGUGGUGAUGAGGAUGAAGACGACGAUGUCAUGAUGGUAGAUGCUAGGGGAGAUGUUGCUGACCUUGGUAUGAACUGGUCACAGUCAGACCAGGCCCUGGAAGAAGACGAAGCUACCAUGGCAGGCUAUCCUCCACCGCCUCCGCCUCCGCCUCCAGUUCAAGCAGCAAGAAAUGUCCCCCAGGAGAGAGAUGGAACUCCUUCAGACUCCGAUACGACGGAGCCUCUUAUCGCGCCUGCGGUUUACAAAGCCAACGCGGAUAUACCCAAGACUCCGGGUAGAACCGAGAAAUUCACACCACGGCCGGGAAAGUACUGGAUCGAGACGCCGCAGGUUUAUACGCAGCGAGAUAAGGUGCCGCCUGCCGAGGAUGUCUUCCAACGCGUCCGCCUCGACUGGCUGCUAUUGUUCGACUUGCGAAUGUGGAAAAAGGCCCGGAAUGACUUGCGAUCCCUCUACAUCUCUACUGUUGUCUCUAUACCCGAGUUCAAGCGGGUCUUGGCCCUGAGAUUUGCCAGCCUUUACACAAUUCUAGCCCAGCUAUACCUCGUCGGUGACAGGGAGCCGGAUCACUCCAUAAUUAACUUAUCGCUUCAGAUGCUCACUACUCCUUCCAUCACUGCCGAGGUUGUGGAGAGGGGCAACUUCAUGAGCAGCUUGCUUGCUAUUCUGUAUACGUUCCUGACGACUCGCCAGGUGGGCCACCCUUGGGAUGUGUCACCGGAGGCUGUUCUCGCCUUUGAAAGCGGCUCAGUGACUAACCGCCGCAUGUACCAUUUUUAUCAAGACUUGAAGUACUUGUUCGGUUCGCCGCACGUCCAAGAGCGACUCCGGUCGGAGCCAAGAUAUCUGAUGCAAUUCUUGGAUCUGGUGAAACUUCAUCAAUGCAUUGGGCCGAAUGUGCGAGCGGUGGUGGAGCAUGUAGAAUAUGAAGCGGACUCUUGGAUAACGGCUUCCUUGGUGACGCGGCAAAUCAAUCUGCAAGCGAGAAAUCUUGCUGAGGCUUUCCGAGACUGCCCGCCGGACGAAGUCCACUAUCUCCAGCGCGCUAUUCGCUUUACUGCAAAGACGGCUGUAUUAAACUCGAUCGGCGCAGAACGACACCGGUUCAAGCAGGGAGAGAUUAAAGACGAGGUAAAAUUCAAGUCCUUGGAUGAUUUUGAGUUCGAUCCCGGCAAUGUGUCCUACAAUGUGGUCAAGUUUGUGGUCGAGAAAGACUCCAUCAGCUUCCAUCAUGCACUGCAUUACACUUUGUCGUGGUUGAUAGAGUGUGCGCGAUCACUCCCUGCUUCAAGCAUUCGGACACUCAUGAGCUUCACUGCACAAGAGCUCCGCUCGAAGCCAAGAUUGAUGGGCCGCCCUCAGAUUAUCCGAAAAGAAUAUGAGCCUGAAGAUUACCUCAUGGCUUUGUUUGACUUUCCCCUUCGGGUAUGUGCUUGGCUGGCCCAAAUAAAAGCCAACAUGUGGGUUCGUAACGGCAUCAGCUUGCGACAUCAAGCGAGCACGUACCGUGGAGUCGGACAAAGGGAUGUCUCGCAUCAUCGGGACAUUUUUCUCCUUCAAACCGCCAUGGUAGUGUGCAAUCCAAGCCGCGUGCUCGCUUCGAUUAUCGACCGCUUCGGAAUGGACGGCUGGGUCAAAGGACUAUUUGAACUCAAGUCUGAAGCUCAGGACGAUGCUCAGCACUUGGACAUUGUUGAGGACAUGAUUCACCUGCUCAUUGUGCUUUUAAGCGACCGAACAUCACUAAUCACCACCAAAGAUGAGCCCAAUUCUCGCAUUUUCGCCAUGCGACGCGACAUUACCCACGUGUUGUGCUUCAAACCGCUAUCCUUCAAUGAGAUAUGCAACAAGUUGCCAGAGAAGUAUCAAGAGCAAGAAGACUUCCACCACGUGUUGGACGAGAUGGCGACCUUCAAACCUCCGGAGGGAAUGUCUGACGUCGGCACCUUUGAGCUCAGGCCUGAGUUUAUCGAGGAAAUUGACCCAUACAUUGCCCACUAUAACAAAAAUCAGCGCGAAGAGUCUGAGAUGGCUUAUCGAAAGAAGAUGGCGAAGAAAACCGGACAGACGGUAGAGGAGAUUGUGUAUGAGCCCAAACAUCGGCCCGUCCCCUCUGGUCUGUUUGAAAAUUUGGGCGAAUUCACUAGUACCGGCAUGUUCGCGCAGAUCAUCUACUAUUCCCUUUUGUAUCCUCUCGUCGCCCACAAGUUCACCCCAUCGGUGCCUUCAACCCGAUUGGAAACCUUCUUGCAGGUCGUUUUGCAUUUAAUUCUUAUCGCCAUUCUCGAGGAUAAGAGCAUCGAGACGGAAUUCAACGGAGAGCCGCCAAGGUCGUUUGUCCAGAUAGCUCUCACGACCCUGGCUCGAAGCAACUUCAUGCCGGAAGCGAACAACUCCAGGACCAUUGUGUCACUCUUGAAUAUGCUGACAGUCAAGGAUGAAUUCAAGUCUGCGCACCCUAAAAUUGCCCUAGUGCUGAGACGCCUCAAGCAGAAGCGCCCUCACGCAUUCGAGUCCUCAUUUGCUCGUCUGGGGAUAGCAGUAGACCGCAUCGACACUGCGUCGCCUGCCAACACGUCAGCAGAGGAGGAACGCGAGAGGCGCAAGAAAGCCGCCUUGAGCCGCCAGGCCAAGGUCAUGGCACAUUUUCAGCAGCAGCAAAAGAGUUUUCUCGAAAAUCAAGGUGGCAUUGACUGGGGUUCCGAUAUGGAGGACGAAGAGGACGAGAUGGACCACGUAGAGGAUCGAAAGCACAACUGGAAAUACCCGUCUGGUACCUGCAUUCUGUGCCAGGAAGAAGCUGAUGACAGACGACUAUAUGGCACCUUUGCUCUCCUUAACGAGAGUCGCGUGCUUCGUCAGACAGAUUUUCAGGAUCCCGACAUUGUCCGAGAAGCUUCUCAAACGCCAUGUAACCUCGAUCGGUCUGCUGACGACAUUCGGCCGUUUGGGAUCGCCCACGAGAACCGGAAAAUGGUGGAAAAGGUGAAUGUGAAGGGGGAAAUUUUCCUGGCAGAAAGACAGACAAUCGGCAAGGGUUACAAGGCCAAUCUUUCAAGGCCAGGCCCAGUGGCUAGCAGCUGUGGACAUAUGAUGCAUUUUCGCUGCUUCGAACUGUACUACGAGGCAACCAAUCGUCGCCACACUCAUCAGAUUGCAAGGCACCACCCCGAGGAUACGCGACGGAACGAAUUUGUAUGUCCUCUGUGCAAGGCAUUGGGAAACGCUUUCCUGCCGAUACUUUGGAAGGGAUUGGAGGAGUCUUACCCCGGUCAUCUUCAGCCGCAAGGCCUCUUUGAAGACUUCUUGGAGAAGCAAAUGGGUUCGGCGUACUGGCUUGGCGGAAGCAAGGCGCGCGAGGUCAACGAGUCCGGAUUGCCCGUCAUGUUCACUCCUAGCGUGCCGGGAAGUCUGGUCGAAAGCAUUACACAUGCGCAGCCGGCCAGCGAAGGGUCGUGGGGACGGGAUGAUGUUGAUGCGCAGUCGUCCGUCCUCGGGACUCCAGCCAGCUCCUCGUUCUCCGCUGCCGGCACCCCGGAACCGGGCAAUCCACAGACCACCGCUGGGGUCAGUGGUCAGAUUGUGGGAGACCUGCUUGCUGCCUACCGACGCCUCCGAGACACCCUGCAAGUGAACGAACUACAGACCCAUCACGUCAUGGAUGCUAAGAUGGACGUACGUGAUGAACUUUGCUCAAGCGACACCUUGGUGCAGGCCGUCGGUUUCACAAUCUCAUCCGUAGAGAUCCAGCAGCGGGGCAUCGAAGUGCAGCCCGGCAUGACCCUGCUGGAAAAGAUCCCCGAACAGGUUCUUGUUCACCUACGGAUCCUCGCAGAAACAGCUUCGUCCUACAUAUCCGUAGGAGCACGCCAUGCUGGACCGGAAAAUCGGAUCGAAACCGAGUUCCGCAAAGACGUCGAAAGACAACAUUGCCAGCUUUUCAUGUCGCGCUAUUUUGGAACGGGCACACCCUAUGCCAGACGACCCUUGGACGUGUACCCGCCCCUUUUGAGUCUGGAUGCAUUCGCGUUUCUGGUUGAAUGCGCGUUCGGUCUUGGGCCUGCUCACAAGGCGGAGAUUUCCCACCUGGUCAGGUUGUGCUACUUGGCCGAGAUGGUCAAAGUUGUCUUCCACAUGGGCCGAAACAUGCCGUUCGGGAUGUGGGUUGGAGGGCUUGCUACUAGCAACACGCAAGACCCGGCCAUGACCAACUUUGCCGGUUUUGCGCUCGCCAUCACCCAGACCGCCAUGGAGUUUGAAGCUGUCAACCAGUCGGAGCCUAACCCUCAAGCCGACGGAAACAAGGGGUUUCAACAGCCGGGCGUGGACACGCUGCAAGGGUGGUACACGUUUGUUAAAAAGUACGCACUGGUGUUUUUGCGAAAGUGUGUCGUGUUCUUGCAUGUCAAGUAUGGGGUGGAUUUCAACAGCCACGUUUCCUCGGCCCACGAUGCCGAUGCCGACGAGCUGGACCGGUUGACGGAGGCGCUUCGGAUACCUACGUUUGACGAGAUAUGCGCCGCCAUGACGGAAAAGGCGACUGCCUGCGGUUGGCCCGCCACGACUGAAGCACUGGUCUCGGGCUGGGUCAAGCAUCAGGUCAUGUGGCCCAGAGGGUACGGUGACUUGAGCCGGUCAUCCCUUGUCAGCCAUCCGGGCAUUUUCGAGCUCAUAGGUCUCCCCAAGACGUACGACACGUUGAUAGAGGAGGCGACUCGAAGGAGGUGCCCAACGACGGGCAAGGACCUCACCGACCCGGUCAUUUGCUUGUUUUGCGGUGAGCUGCUGUGCAGUCAGAGCACUUGUUGCCAGCGGCCGGAAACGACGGGCAGGGAAACCAGCAGAAUCGGCGGAGCACAGCAGCAUAUGCGAAGGUGCCAGCAGAAUAUUGGCGUCUUCCUCAACAUACGUAAAUGCUCGACAGUUUACCUCUUCCGCCAAUCCGGGUCGUACGCCCCAGCGCCGUAUAUUGACAAGUACGGCGAGACGGAUUUCCAGCUCCGACAUGGGAGGCAACUCUUUUUGAAUCAAAGACGAUAUGACUCCAUGGUACGUAAUACGGUUUUGAACCAUGGGGUACCGAGCUUGAUUAGCCGGAAGCUGGAGGCAGAGAUCAACAAUGGCGGCUGGGACACUUUGUAA